AUGGAAUUGUUAAGCAUUUUUAAUAUUGUCACCUUUAAGAACGAGGGUUGUACAUCAACGGGAGCUGGCAAUGAUGGUGGAACCUGCCUGACUGCCACCGAGUGCACUUCCAAAGGUGGAUCUGCGUCCGGUAAUUGUGCCGCAGGUUUCGGAGUGUGCUGUGUUUUCAGUUUGACCGGAGCAUGUGCAAGUGGCCAGACCGUUUCUCAGAAUUGCACAUACAUCCGGAACAGUGGAUAUCCCUCGGCCGACACCACCGUAAGCGAAACGUGUACAUACAACUUCGACCGGAUUUGCGACAAUCUUUGCCAAAUCAGGUUAGAUUUUGAUACUUUGAAUUCGUUGAGUUCAGCAACAGGCUUGUGUGGAACCGCCGCAGAUGCCAUAACAGUCACUAGCCCAUUUUCAUCUUCGGCCACCGCGUUUCCGCCGACAGUAUGUGGAACAUUGACGGGACAGCACAUGUAUUUUGAAACGGGGACAACUGGAACGGCUGGAGCUUUGUCCCUUGCCAAAGGAACGACUGAUGGAAGUCGGAACUACCAAAUCAAAGUUACCUAUUACACGUGUGAUAAUUUGGCUAAGGCCCCUCCUGGUUGCACUCAAUACUUCACCGGGGAGAGUGGCUCCUUCCAAUCCUACAACUACCAAGGGAAUCAACUCCUGCAGAGCAUGAAUUACAACAACUGCUUCCGACAAGAAGAAGGGUUUUGUCGAUUGCAAAUCAGCGAGGCCACGGCAAUGACUCCGGAUCCAUUCAUUCUGUCGGCUGAUCCUACAAAAACUGUGCAUGAUUGUUCUGAGCUAAGUUACGUGAGUUUUAUGACCCCAACGAAUACGAUGUUUUGCGGUGGAGUUUUGAGUUCCGUGAUAAAUGACAUGAUCCCUGGAGCACUGACGUCCGCUCCUGGCGACUCUUUUCUGGUUGGAUUGCGAACUGUGGGCACAACCUUGGCCGGUUUCACUGGAUUCAACUUGAAUUACAAGCAAGUGGCUUGUCCCUAA